AUGCAGGCUGUUGCAACAAAUAUAAUAGUGGGGUCUCAAGUUUGGGUGGAGGAUCCUGAGGUAGCUUGGAUAGAUGGUGAUGUUUUGGAAAUUAAAGGUGCUGAUAUUAAAGUUAAGCUUACAACAGGGAAAGAAAUUGUCAUUAAAUCAGCCCAAGCGUAUCCUAAAGAUCCGGAGGCUCCUUCAUGUGGAGUGGAUGAUAUGACAAAGCUAGCUUAUCUCCAUGAGCCUGGUGUUCUGGAGAAUUUAAAAAGUCGAUAUAAUAUGGAUGAAAUUUAUACUUAUACUGGCAACAUUUUGAUAGCUGUGAACCCUUUCAAAAGAAUACCUCAUUUAUAUGACAAACAUAUGAUGGGGCAAUACAAAGGGGCAGCCCUUGGGGAACUGAGUCCACAUCCUUAUGCUAUUGCUGAUGCUUCUUACAGGCAUAUGGUAAAUGAAGGAAUAAGCCAAUCAAUUCUAGUUAGUGGAGAAAGUGGAGCAGGUAAAACAGAAAGCACAAAAAAUCUUAUGCAGUAUCUUGCCUAUAUGGGCGGUCGCCCUGGAGCUCAGGGACAAAGGAGUGUGGAACAGCAAGUUCUAGAAUCUAAUCCGGUUCUAGAAGCAUUUGGGAAUGCAAAAACUGUCAGAAACAAUAACUCAAGUCGUUUUGGUAAGUUUGUCGAAAUCCAGUUUAAUGAUCGCGGAAAGAUCUCUGGAGCUGCUAUAAGAACUUAUUUGCUGGAGCGAUCACGUGUUUGUCAACUUUCCGACCCUGAGAGAAAUUAUCAUUGUUUUUAUAUGAUAUGUGCAGCACCUCCAGAUGUGUUUAAAAAGUACAAAUUGGGUAAGCCUCAGACUUUUCACUACCUUAAUCAAACAAAUUGCUACGAAUUGAGUGGGGUGGAUGAGUCUAAAGAAUAUCUCGCAACAAGAAAGGCUAUGGAUGUUGUUGGAAUCUCUUCUGAUGAACAGGAGGCUAUAUUUCGUAUUGUGGCUGCAAUUCUCCACCUAGGCAAUAUUGAAUUUGUCAAGGACAAAGAACCUGACUCAUCUAAACCUAAGGAUGAUCAAUCCAAGUUUCAUCUAAAAACUGCCGCAGAACUUUUCAUGUGUGAUGAGGCGGCUCUUCAAGAUUCCUUUUGCAAACGUGUUAUUGUAACUCGUGAUGAGAGCAUCAAAAAAUCGCUUGAUCCCUUGGCUGCAGCUUUGAAUAGAGAUGCUUUGGCGAAAAUAGUUUAUACAAGAUUAUUUGACUGGAUUGUAGGCAGGAUUAAUGAGUCUAUUGGUCAAGAUCCAGAGUCAAAAUCUUUAAUUGGAGUCCUCGACAUCUAUGGAUUUGAAAGUUUCAAGACAAACAGUUUCGAGCAAUUUUGUAUCAAUCUGACUAACGAGAAACUUCAGCAACAUUUUAAUCAGCAUGUUUUCAAAAUGGAGCAAGAGGAAUAUACUAAGGAGGAAAUCGAUUGGAGUUAUAUAGAGUUUGUGGACAAUCAAGAUAUUCUAGAUCUCAUUGAGAAGAAACCAGGAGGAAUCCUUGCUCUUUUGGACGAGGCUUGUAUGUUUCCAAGAUCUACACAUGAAACUUUUGCGGAAAAGCUUUUCCAGACAUUCAAAGAUCAUAAACGGUUUAGCAAGCCAAAGCUUUCCAACUCAGCAUUUACCAUUGAUCAUUAUGCUGGAGAGGUCACAUAUCAAACCGAGUUUUUCUUGGAUAAGAACAAGGACUAUGUUGUCGCAGAGCAGCAGGCACUCUUGAAUGCUUCAAAAUGCUCCUUUGUAUCAAACUUAUUCCCACCUCCACAAGAAGAGUCGUCUAAAGCGUCAAAGUUCUCAUCAAUUGGUACACGGUUUAAGCAACAACUACAAGCAUUGCUUGAGACACUCAGUCACACAGAGCCACAUUACAUUCGUUGUGUGAAACCGAACAAUCUUUUAAAGCCUUCUAUCUUUGAGAAUCAAAACAUUCUGCAACAACUACGGUGUGGUGGAGUUAUGGAGGCGAUUAGGAUCAGCAUGGCUGGGUUUCCUACUCGUAAACCUUUUAAAGAGUUUAUUAGCCGCUUCAAAAUCUUUUCACCAGAUGAUGUGAAAAAAAGCGAUGACGAUAUCAAAACUUCAAGGCUGCUUCUAGAGAAGGCAAAUCUUCAAGGUUAUCAGAUUGGUAAAACAAAAGUAUUUCUACGAGCUGGUCAGAUGGCAGAACUAGAUGCUCGCAGAAGUGAAGUUUUGGGAAGAUCUGCUAGCAAAGUUCAGAGAAAAUUUCUCACGUAUUCCGCACGCAAGAAGUUUAACUCAUUAAAGUUUUCAUCGAUACAGUUACAAUCCAUGUGUAGAGGGCAAGUUGGACGUCGUCAUUAUGAGUCCCGAAAGAGAGAAGUGGCUUCUUUAAGAAUUCAGAAAGAUGGACGUAUGUUUCUCAAGAGGAAAGCUUUCAAAGUUCUAUCCUCUUCGGCUAUCAAGAUUCAAAAUGGAAUGCGUGGAAUGGCUGCACGAAAUGAGUAUCGCUAUAAAAGGCGUGAAACAGCAGCCGUCAUCCUUCAGACACAAUGCCGACAAUAUCUGGCGGAACACCGUUUUUGUAAGUUGAAAAAAGCCACAAUAACCAGUCAAUCAUUCUGGAGAGCGAGACUGGCACGUAAAGAACUAAGGCUCCUUAGACAGAAAGCAAAGGAUACUGAUAGUCUAAAAGAAGCCAAAUCGAAAUUGGAAAAGGAGGUUGAAGAGCUGACGUGGCGAUUACAGGUGGAGAAGCGCAUUAGAUCUGGUUUGGAGGAAUCAAAAAAUCAGGAAAAUGCAAAAUGGCAGUCUAUUAUAAAGGAGAUGCAAGAACAAUCCGAACAAACUAAAGAACUGUUGGAAAAGGAACGAGAGGCUGCAAAGAAAGAACUUGAGGAAGCGCGUGCGAAUAAAGAGGCUUCAAGCAAGGAGAUUGUUGAUGAGCUAACUGCUGAAAAUGAGAAACUUAAGGGUACGGUUAGUUCACUGGAACAGAAAGUUGAUGAAGCAGAAAAAAAAUAUGAAGAGAGCAAUAAGUUAAGUGAAGAGAGGUUAAAACAGAUCACCGAAUCAGAAACAAAGAUACUUGAGCUGCAAGCCACAACGCAAAGGCUUCAAGAAAAGAUAAAUGAGCUGGAGCACGACGAACAGAUGCUGAGGCAACAAGUCAUGCUGACAUCAUCAGCUUCCAAAAGGCGUUUCUCAUUUUCAUCUAAGGGUCAAGAAAACGGCCACCACCUUGAUCACCAGGGUGGCGCAUCUAUGCAGAGAUUUGAUAGCAAUUUGAGACAAUCAGCUAUUGACAGACACCGUGAGAAUGUUGAUAAACUUAUCAAAGCAACUACAGAAGACCUUGGGUUCAGCAAUGGGAAACCAGUUGUUACAUAUGUCAUAUACAAAAGCCUUCUACACUGGAAAGUAUUUGAAGCAGAAAGAACUAACGUAUUCGAUCGUCUUAUCACUGUGUUUGGUGCUGCAAUACAGAAAGAGGAAGACAAUAAACAUAUGGCUUAUUGGCUCUCUUCCACCUCUACAUUGCUGUUUUUGAUUCAAAAGAGUUUAAGUUCUGCCUCAGGGAAACCCCCCCAGCCAACAUCAUUUAUUGGAAGAAUGGCACAGAGCUUUCGCAAAUCCCCGUCAUAUUCCAACCUUGAAAUUGUCCGCCAAGUGGAGGGCAAGCAGCCAGCUCUUCUUUUCAAGAUGCAACUAACUGCUUACGUUGAAAAAAUAUAUGGACUCGUUCGUGACAAUUUGAAGAAGGAAUUGUCACAACAUAUCUCUUGUUGUAUCCAGACAGCAAGAGAAAAAGGUAACACUCCUCCAUCUAUGUUCUGGCAACACAUCAUUGAAUCCCUAAAUGGCAUGCUCAAAACUUUGGAAGAAUACCAUGUGCCAACAAUUCUUGAUCAAAAGAUCUUUGCUCAAGUUUUCGCUUACAUUAAUGUACAGCUAUUUAACAGCCUUCUUUUACGUCGAGAAUGCUGCUCAUUUAGCCAUGGGGAAUAUCUAAAAACAGGGUUAACUGAGUUAGAGCUAUGGUGUAGUCAUGCCACAGAAGAGUAUGCAGACUCGUCAUGGGAGGAACUUAAGCACACAAGGCAGGCAGUCGGAUUCCUGGUGGUACAUCAGAAGUCUAAAAUUAAGUAUGAUCACCUCAUAACUGAGCUUUGUCCUAUUCUAAAUGUUCAACAACUUUACAAAAUUUGCACACACUACGCGGAUGACAUUUACAAAACUCCAAGUGUAGACCCGACGGUUAUUUCCGAUUUAAAAGGUCAUACAGAAGGCUUGGAGAAUGCUGAUAAUACCUCUUUUUUGUUGGAAGACGAUCCUUGCAUUCCCUUUACGGUUGACGAUCUUGUCAACUUCCUCCACGAAAAGGAUUUUGCAGAGAUGAAACCUACUUGUUAUCUUGUAGACAAUCCCGACUUUAAAUUUUUAGUAGAGUAAUUCAACUUUUGUAUGCUUUUUUUUUUUCUUUCCUGUAGAUUAAGAUAGAUUCCUGAUUGUUUAAGGUGUAAAUCAUCCUUUAAGCUAGAUCUGUAAAAUCUAUAGGUGUUCUCAUGUAGAGUAUAGAAGGAUUUUAACCUUCGCCACCUUUAUUCGUUAUAUCGGAUUAGUUUUUUUAGCAA